CGGGGCCUGACCGCCGUCCGGUCACAUGAUGCGGCGCACGGCCUGCCAAUAUGGCGGUGUGCAUCGCGGUGAUCGCCAAGGAGAAUUACCCUCUGUACAUCCGAAGCACUCCCACAGAGAAUGAGCUCAAGUUCCACUACAUGGUGCACACGUCCCUGGAUGUGGUGGAUGAGAAGAUCUCCGCCAUGGGAAAAGCACUGGUGGACCAGAGGGAGCUGUACCUGGGCCUGCUCUACCCAACUGAGGACUACAAGCCGUGCAGGUAUGGCUACGUGACCAAUUCCAAGGUGAAAUUUGUCAUGGUGGUGGAUUCCUCCAAUACGGCCCUUCGAGACAAUGAGAUCCGCAGUAUGUUCCGGAAGCUGCAUAACUCCUAUACGGACGUGAUGUGCAACCCCUUCUACAACCCUGGAGACCGCAUCCAGUCAAGGGCCUUUGAUAACAUGGUAACUUCGAUGAUGAUCCAGGUCUGCUGAGCUGGACCUCUGCCCUAGUCACCUGGAAGAGAAGCCUGUAUUCACCUCUGUUUGAUGAUUAUUUAUUCCCUUUCCUCUCCCUGAAUGUAACCUGUGGGCAGGGCUGUGUGCUCUGUACCUUCCUACUAAAGGCCUCACACGACGAGAUCUGCUUUGUCCUGUGUCAGCAGAGAGGGUCAGCUGAGGACCUGUUAGCUGGUCUCAGAGACUGUGGAGCUGUGUAGGAGCUGUGACCAUAGCCAGGUGGAGUGAGGGAGAACACUGAGUACAGAAGGCUGUGGGCCUCCAUUGUCUGAGUGGGUGGGUGGUCCAGAAGGGUGCAGCUCCAGAGGACAUAUGUUUCUUCUUGGGCAAGGGCUCUCAGUGUUCUGGACCCACCAUUCAUUUAGCCCAGAACUUGUGCUCAACCCCAGCCUCAGGAGGUGGUAAAACCUGAAAGCUUCAUGGAACAUAGCAUUAAAGCAGCUGCUGCUUCCCAUGUGCCAAACGAGAAACUCUAGGAGCCUUGCCUGGCUGUCAGUGAGCAUGGGGGUCAACAGGGUCCCCAACGAUGCUCCUAGGCCACACGUCCCCAAGGACAAACCAGGCUCUCCCCAGAUAAAAAUUCUGUGGCUGUGUGGAGGUGGUGACUGGAGCUGGCUCCUCUGUGCCACUGGACAGUGUGGUGUCCUGGGAGAUGGCAAGGCCUGGAGGACCUGCCCCAGGUCUGAGUCCCCUUCAGAGGUCUUCAGAGUCUCUGGCUUCCCCAAGUCAUCAGCCCAGGACCUCCCGCUUCCCUGUAGAGUUUCUCAUGCCUGGGCCCAGCAGGCUGUGACUCGUCCACAUGAGCUGGGUGGAGUAGCAGAGGAGACAGCCCAUCUCCAUUGUAUCAGGGCUUCGCUCCAGUGAGCACAGGGUAAUUAAAAAUGCAGGAAGAAGCCAGACCUUCUAACCAGUCCACAGAAGUGGCAGACGAAGUCGGACUGAGAAGUUCCACAAGCAGCUGACUGACAAGGACAGCUCAGAUGUGCUUGCGUUAAGGCUUUAGCAGGAGGUUGGGCUUGGCAAGAGAAGACAGGCACACCAGUGAGGUGGGAUCCUGGGAUCUUGAGUAUUUAAGGAGGUCACCAUACCUGAGAAUUAGCUAAGCUGGAACUGCACCUCGUUCCCCAGUCCUUCCCCCUUCCCUCCUUACAGACAGAACCUCAGGUUUACUGGAGGAACUUGGCUAAAUGCCAUUUGUUUCCCUCCCCUUCACGCCAGGGCAGGUGGUUAAGGCAUGUGGAGGGUGGUAUUGGGAGAGACCUACAGGACACAUCUUUCAGAGUAGCUUCAGCCGAUGUUCAGUACUCAAGACUUUCUGCUUUUCUCCUGCCUGGAACUUGAGUGUAAUAGUGGGAGCUUAGGCAGCCCUCUUAGGAUCAUGAAGGUAACAGGAUAUGCAGACAGGAGGACGGAGCAGAAAGGAGCCUGGUCUGGGCAAAUGGGCUGGCCCUGGACUGUUCGUAUGUGAGACAAUAAACUGUAGCUCUCUCCUCUUUAA